UUUUAUUUUCCUUUUUUUUUUGUUUUGAGUUGACAGAAGCACUCACAAAGAUCCAACCUAAGCCAAAGGAAGCUUUAGAAGAGUCUUUAUUGCAAAUGGCCUUGGAAGGCAGCAAAAAAGCAGUAAUCCAGGGCAGCAUGGAUCUGUUGCUGGAAUUCCGUCAGCUUCUUGAUGGCGAUCUAGAGUUAUUAGCAAAGCUGAGGGACUUAAUUAUUGAUUGGGUGCAAGAAGGUUUUCAAGACUUCUUUCAGAAACUUUAUGGACAUUUCCUUUUGCUUUCUGGAAGAAGUAACAUUACAAAUCAGGAUUCAAGCAUUACAGAUUCAAUACCAGUGGACAAAAUUCAGACAGGACUGGUUCUUGUGCUGGCCCAACUUUCUGUUUUUAUAGAACAAAGUGCAAUUCCUAGAAUCACAGAGGAAAUAGCCGCUUCUUUUUCUGGAGGUGGUGUCCGUGGUUAUGAACAUGGACCGGCAUUUGUACCAGGAGAGAUCUGUCGACUAUUUCGUUCAGCGGGCGAAAAGUUUUUGCAUCUUUAUAUAAAUUUGAAAACUCAGAAGAUAUCCAUCCUUCUUAAAAAGAGGUUCACAACACCAAAUUGGAUCAAGCACAAGGAGCCACGAGAAGUUCACAUGUUUGUUGAUUUGCUUCUUCAAGAG